GAUCUUUGCGUGAAUGCCAUCUGAGUCCGGCCACGUGUGCAUCGCAUUCACAUUUCCUCGUUAGCCCGUUCGUUUGAGUUUGAUCUGUUGUAAGUCAGCCUCAAGGAUACGAUCAUGGCAACAGCAUCGAGCAGCGUACUCUACGAAACGUCCCGAGAUGGCAAAGUCGCCCAUAUAGUCCUGAACCGACCGGAGCAUUUCAACGCCAUCGACAAGCACAUGCCACAAGGCAUCCGCGCCGCUGUGCAACGUGCCAAUGCCGAUCCGGCUAUCCAUUGCAUCGUGGUGAGAGGUGCUGGACCAGGCUUCUGCGGCGGUUAUGACUUACAGGCUUACGCGCAACACGCGGAACGUGGGACCACCGACGGCAGUCAGGACGUCACGAAAGGUUAUGAUCCCCUGAUCGACUAUCAAUCGAUGAAGGAGAACACCGAAUGCUUUUCAGACUUGUUCCACAGCGCGAAACCCACGAUCGCACAGAUUCAUGGCGCAGCGGUCGCCGGCGGCAGCGAUAUCGCUCUAUGCUGCGACCUCGUCGUCAUGGCGGAAGAUGCCCGCAUUGGCUACCCACCCGCCCGUGUCUGGGGCUGCCCGACGACAGCUAUGUGGGCGGUGCGUCUGGGGGUAGAAAGGGCCAAGCGCAUGCUGUUCACAGGCGAUCUCAUCGAUGGCCGCGAGGCGGAGCGUAUGGGGCUCAUCCUGAAGACAGUGCCUGCGACGGAACUAGACAGCGCGGUCAAGUCUCUGACGGACCGGAUUGCGACGGUGCCGUGUGAUCAGAACUGGAUGCAUAAGCAAGUCAUAAAUGGCUUCGUCGAGGGACAGAUGCUCGGCGCGCAGAAGCUGGCGACGAUCUUUGAUGGUAUCACGCGGAAUUCGCCCGCAGGCAUUGGUUUCCAGACCUUGGCGCAAUCGAAGGGUUUUAAGGCGGCGGUUGCCGCGCGGGAUCGACCAGGACGGACAGAGAAGUACAUGCGGACGUGGAAAAGUGUUCUUUGAGAAUGUUUGCAGCCCAAAUCCAGGCCUUUUCCGUGUUUGUGCAUUGAGAAGGUGAGUUCGUCUAGGAGAGCGUCAGUGUGAUCUGCUCGAGCGUGUUCGUACGAUUUCUGUGAGGUCUGCAGAACAACACGUCUCUAGCCCAGAUACUUAAGCAAAUGCUCUGAGGACAUGACCCGUUCUUCUGCCGCAGUAUGGUUACCUGACAGA